AUAAGAUGGCGGCGAAUUAUUCUCCAACCGGAGGAGCAUCUUGACCGCAAGAACAGAUGACCCCAUGUACUGCAUCGAUUCCAGAUGCCUAUCGCCAUGAAAGUCGGAUGAUUUGUUCAUCCGGUAUGCCGUCCCGCGUGGCUGCGUGACCGAGAAGGUGGUCAUCCCUCCUUCCCCCUCGUCCCGAACGCCUACACGUCCCUCCACGAAAUGACGCUCUUACCAGACCCCAAGAAAUCACAACGAUGUCGGAUCCUGUCGACUACAAAGCUUUGUUUCUCCAGGCAGAGGAAGAAAGAAAGCGAGAGAAGUUGCUGAGAGAGCAGGCAGAGGACGAAAUAAAGCGAGAGCAGUUGCUGAGAGAGCAGGCAGAGGAAGAAAUAAAGCGAGAGCAGUUGCUGAGAGAGCAGGCAGAAGCACGAACCCGUCGGACAACCUUCGAAGAGUUUAUCCAGCACUGUCAUAACCUUCUUUCACGACCCUUGGAAACCGGAGAUCCCUCCCGGUCAACAACCGGUAGAAUUCCACCUCCUACUGGCAAGUAUUGCCCUCUUCGACUGGAGCCCUGGACGGACUGUGAUACGAGGCAGCAAGAGAUUUACAACUCAGUAUCUCACUAUUUACGACCACUCAGAGAUGCGCCACGGUUGUUCGCACCGCUGAUUGCGCUGGAGGAAUUGGGACAACGGGUUGCACGCCGGCCUUUGAGUAGCGAAAAAGACCUCGAGAGCUACGAGCGGUUUGCCGUUGAAGAUCAUGUUCAUGACAUCAUCGCUGCGCUAUGUCACAUUCCGAGCGCCCGAGAGGAGUUUCAGCUGGGAGAUGGAGUGUGGUUCGAUAACCACGCCAACGCCCUCCAGGAGACCCCGCCAGAAGAGCCACAGACGGACUCCUUGGAUCACGAUCGACCGUCGCGCCCCGACCAGUUCUGUAUUCACCGCGUCGAUGGAAAUGCAAAGGCAUUGUUGACCACGGUCGAAUAUAAACCACCUCAUAAACUGUCCAACGAGAAUCUUCGUGCUGGGCUCCGACCGAUGGACUUCUAUCGCGACAUUGUGGAACCGGAAACCGUCCCUACGGAUGGGCCCGAGAAGCUACGGUAUAAUGCAGCCUGUCUUACAGGCGCAGCGAUCGUGCAGGAAUACCAUGUAAUGAUACAGGAAGGACUGGAAUUCUCAUAUUUAACUACAGGACUUGGGAUUGUGCUCCUACGGGUAUCCGACGACAGCGGGACUCUGUAUUACCAUCUCUGCGAGCCGAAUCUCGAUGUCGCAAGUGGGGUUGCAGGUCCAAAGACAGCGGUUGAGAGGGUGCUUUGCCUCUGCCUGAUGAGUUUCCGUUCAGCCUGUCGGGAUCAAGCCUGGCGGAAUGCUGCUCGGGCACGGCUACCAAUCUGGGAAAGCAGCUUCAGCUACACACGAUCCCAGAUCCCAACUGAGGAAUUACGACAGACGCCUCCAGGAUCAGACUACAUCAGCCCGGAACGCACCAGUUCAGAGUCGACGUCUGAGUACCAGCCGUCGUCCCCUAUCGAGCCUCCUGUCAAUCCGAGUCGCCGCGCUCGCACCCGUUCCUCUCGCUGCUUACUUACCCCUACUGCUCACCGACAAGACCCUUCGGACUCUGACACUGAACCGGCUGCUACUGCACGACGGAAGCGGGGUUUCAGUCAAAUCGCAUCUUCGCCGCCUACACAAGAAUCUGUACCAACCACUCCGAGCAAUUCCUCUCAACACCAAACUGGUCAGUCUCGUCCACACAACUACGAGUUUUGCACACAAAAAUGUCUUCUGGGCCUACAGCAAGGCAGUGUAUUAGACCAAAGCUGUCCCAAUGUGGAACACCACCGUGCAGGACAACACUACCAUCAUCACCCAAUCCGGGCCUCCGAAUUGUUACAAAUGAUCAAGCAGCAACUGGAUGACAAUCUAGAUGAACACUGUACGCCGAUGGGAAAAUGCGGAUCCUAUGGCGCUCCAUUCAAAGUAACAUGUGCCGUGUACGGCUACACGGUGGUCGGGAAGGGCACAACAUCACGGUUAUGGAGCAUCGUGUCAGAGGAAGCAAAGGUUUAUCGGAUUUUGCAAAGUGUGCAAGGUUCGGCGGUGCCCGUGUUCCUGGGUCCCAUUGACUUGGCCAAGAUCUAUUUCCUUCAUGGUGCGGGUGAGAUUCGCCAUAUGCUCUUAAUGGGUUGGGGUGGCAACAGCUUGGGCCAGAAGGAGAUAGAUGCGACCCUCCGUCGCGCGAUCUCACGCUCUAAGAGAAAAAUCCUCGCUCUGGGUGUGGUGCAUGACGAUCUCCGACCUGACAAUAUUCUGUGGAAUGAGGAGCUUCAACGAGUCCUGAUCAUCGAUUUUCAUCGGUGUCAUUUGAAAUCUCGGCUACUAGAAUCAAAACCUCGCUCCUUGAACACGAUGCCACAUUUGAAGAGAUUGUCAGACAGCUCUGAUGAGAAUAAGACUAAACGGAUGCGUGCCGGGUGGAAUCAAGAACCUUGCAAAUGAGCCAUUAUGCAGCUUACAGCACCGGCCAACACCUGCAAGAUAUGAUCAUAAACAGCCGGCGCCUGGAGACCGAGGGACUACCGUUCACGUAGAUUACUCGUGAGUCAAAAGGCCACCUAAUCGAAGUUUACGACAAGCAACGCUUAGCUGGGAAUUAGCGCUGCCAACAACCGGGUUCAAAGUUGCUUGAGAGACCGGUAAGCCUUAUCGGCAUGGUUCUACUAGAUAGCUUUCUCCACCCUUGAAAGAGAAUAAGAAACCCAAAAUCUGUAUCAUUAAAAUAAGCUACCAGUUAGCUAAAUUUCCC